GAGGAGGAGCAGGUUGACUAGGGGGGUAGCUCUAGCUCUACUUCUUCUCGUGUGUGGCUGCGUGGUCCUUCGAGCCUCCCGAGGCGACCGGUGCCAAUGGCUAGACACCCGCUCAUUCGACCAGAUGGAGAGAAGAACUGGCUGAGGGUUGGAGAGGGUGACCACUCACGCCAUGUAAACGGCAUCCUUGGACUUUUGAUCAAGGAGAAGUUCCCUGGCAUGGUUACUUUGGGCGGAGUAACCGAGCCGGCAUACACAUGGGCCCACUAUGCAGCCGCGCCGGACGCCCGUGACCGGGAGGGAAGGGUGUUUCCCAAUAGAGCCGAGCGGGUGAAGGCCGAGCUGUGGGAUUUUUUUAGAUGCGAGCCGGGCUUGGAGGCUAGGGCAGCUGCUGUCAUCGACAAAGCUGCUAAGAAACUUGUUAAGGAUAUGUGCCUCCGGGGUGGUGCGCCGGAGACCUUCCGUGCUGGUUUGUGA